UUACAAAUAGUCUCUAAUGAAAUAAAGAUUCCACUUUGAUCAGAUGAAAACAACAAUGAUACAGGAUGAGAUAAAUACUGUAUUGUGCUGAAAGAUUUCUUAGUGGUAAACUAGUACAAAAAUGUGCAUGUCAUAGGAUGUUUGUGUUACAACUAUAAAAGAUAAGGCAAGCAAACAGAUACUGUUUGUGAUAAAGAGAUAACAUGACAAUAGUAAAGCAGAUAAGCACACGUGCAGUUGUCAGUUGUCAGAGUGUUGUGGUGGCAGGAGUGUUGAUGGUCAAGCUACUAAGCUAACUCAUAUUGGAGCAACAGAGAGGAACAUUUGCUAAAACCUGGAAAUAUGGUAGCUGCUGGCAUGCAUCAUCCAGCAAUUCUUAGCAUUCCUGUUAUAUCCCAACCAUGUCCUGAACAGCCACAAGAACCCCAUUGCUUGAUCAGCACUUAGAGAGCAUUGUGGAGGAUGUUCAGGCAGAGUGCAAUCAUGAGUAAGAACAACCCCCAACUGCCUGACUCAAUGUCACUGAAGGCAACCAUGGAGGAAAAAGCAUCUUUUUCCAGCACCACAUUAGAAUCUACAGAUGGAGGCUUGAGGACACAGAACCCUCAGGGGUGCUUGGAUAUAAGGAAAGUCACUCAUGGAUCUUUCUCUUCCUCCUCUUGCUACUCUUCCAAGUCUACUUGCCAAAGCUGGAUGUCAGACUCAUGGCCAGAAAGCAGUAUUAGCUGUGACAGGAAGAGUGAUAUUGUGCUGACCCCUGAUGAAGGGUUUAGAGAUGAGAGAGUGACUGAGGGGGAGCUGUGGGGAUCAGGAGAGACCAGAAGAGCAGAUUCUUACCAUUCAAUUAAUCGUGAUGUACCAGAUGGCUUUAUAUCUGACAUACAGGACGUCAUGUCUCGGUCACGGUCAGCCUCUCUGGCUUCGCUUGAGUACUACAGAACUGACAAUACUGCCUUUCAGGUGACAGCCCAGGAAAAUCUGCAGGGGGCAGCUCCAGGCCCUCCUCCUUUUGACACUAGAAGUGUGCAGCAGUCCAGACGGCUGCCCUACUGGCUGUGGCUCAUCAUUGCCAAGAGUCUGGGCAUCAAGCUUCAUCCUCAUGACAAACCUAUCUUGGCCACUGUGCUGUACACCCUAACUUUUGCGAGUGCCUUAGGUUACUUCCUCACCAACUGGUGGUUCACAGGGUUUGACAUUGCCAGUGACUACACCAAGACAACAAUCAUUGAUGGCAGUGUCAGCAUCUUCUACACCCUGCUGUGGGGUGCUCUGGGUUUGUACGCCAACAAGCUGGCAUACAAAUUAUUCAGCCAUAAGAAGUUUUUGGACAUGCUUCGUCUGCAUUCCAAGACCAUCCUCAAGUUGAAUGCCUCAGCAGUGCUCUUCACACUCAUGCUGCUCAUUGCCAUCUUCAAUGACAUCAACGCUUUCCCAGACUUCAUGGAUGAAACUUGCCACACAGUUGGUGUGGAGGUGGUGGUAUGCAAAGCCCGCUACAUGUUCCGAGUGGUGUAUUCCAUAUUUGCUGUGAUGUGGAACUACCUUGUCGCCUUCGUGCUUGUGUCCACCUGCCGCACCCACGUCAUAGGAAUACGAAGAUUCAUGAAGACUCUUGAGAAGGAUGCACGGAUCUAUGAGUCCAGAUUCAUGGGGCAGGCACAGAGCAUCACAUCAGAGAGACCCGUGCUAGAAGAGUACACAUGGGUGGAUGAGGACUACCUGGAGGAGUUGGGUGAGCAUGGAGGUGGUGACAUGGAUACUGGGUCAUCCAUCAUGAUUUCCAGGCAGAGAAACCGAGGAAGUGUUGAAUUCAGUGACCCAACAGGAGAACCAGAGGCAGCCCAAGCAUCUGUUUCGUCCAUGGCCAGCAUCACACCCACCGCCAGCACCCAGUCCUUCCACUCCGAGCCACUCCAGACUAGCAAGAUUAGCUCAAGUGGCAGUUUUCCACCACCCUCAGAAGCACCACAAAUCAGACCCUUGGCAGUCAUGAGCAACUCAGAGAUCCUAUUCAGGUUCUGGAAAAUACAGACCCGGCUCAGAAUGUCAUCAAUGGCACUGCAGCGAUGGAUGAUGUCUGUGCUGGCAUUGGUGGUUAUGUGGCUGGGCAUGAAUCUCAUUAUUUGGCUUAAUUAUGAGCCCACCCUCAUUGACAUGGCCAACUUCUUCCUUCCAUUGGCUCUCCUUCCUCUCCUGGCCUCAGCUUAUGCCGAAGUGAAUCAGGAAGGCCUGCGUGUCUUGAAGUUCAUCUGCCCACUGGAGGAAAGAUUGCACAUGAUAUUUGUGCUACAGAGCUCACCACCACUGCAGAUGACAGUGUAUGGAUUCACACUCUCCUAUUCUACCAUCACUACUGCAGCAUUUGGAAUCCUCUUGGCUUUUGCUUCCAAGGUUUUGAUUCAAGAGAUAUCUGGAUCCAGUUAGUCAUUUGGCUCCAGUAAGUAUGACCUGCAUGACAGGUAAGGUUGUGUGCCGUAUAGAUGCUUUUAGACUGCACAAGUAUUACAUGUGGCUGUGUAACUCAGUGAUGUGCUGCACUUCUUAUGAGUCUACUGUAAGUAGAUCAUAUAUUCCUUUUAGUAAAAGAAACAUUGAUAGGAUUUUUAAUCAAAUCCAUCUAAUCAUGAGUAUAUGUUUAUAUUUAGUAGAUAUGUAUUCUAAGUCGUCUGUGAGUCAGUUUUAUUAUAUGAUGAUUUUCACAUCCAUGAGCCUGAACAAUCAUGCCUUGUCUGUGAAUCGACGUAAUACAUCACAAUUUUCCCGGUGUUUCAUCCCAGCGUCCAUCAGACUUUGGAAUACACUUCCCACUGAGAUUGUCAGUGCUAGUAAUUGUGAAACUUUUAAAAACUUGUGAAUACCUUUCUUUUCUCUCAGCACUCUACCUACUAGAUCUUUCCAAAUCUUCCUAUUCUAUGCUUUCUUCCCAUUAUUAAACCUUCAGUUAUCAGUGAAGUGCCACCCACUGGGCCUUUGGGCUUAUGCAUUCGUGCUUUCCAGUGGGUUGCCUUUGUAGAUUCAUAUGAUAAUAAUAAUAAUAAUAAUAAUAAUAAUAAUAAUAAUAAUAAUAAUAAUAAUAAUAAUAAUGCCUUGAAGAGUUAUCCUUAUGUAAAUUAAGCUGUUACUGUCUGAUAAAUGUGUAUUUGUACUGAGAGUGACCAGGUUUGUUGCUAUGAUUAAGAUAUUUUCUAUAAACUAAGUCUCAAUAACUCUUCGUUUGUGAAUACUUAAAAAUAAGAUUCUCCCACAAAGGAAGUUCUUGCCUUAUAAAGAGCAGGAUUUUAGUCUUCAUUGUGCAGCUUUACUGAACACUCAUGUAGAGUAAUGUAAGGUAAUGCUUUCAUAACUAAUGUCAGUCCUCAUGUACAUGUAUCUUGUAAAGUUAUCUGUUACCUGUGGAAUAAAUUUGGGUCACUUUAGUUGUUAAUGGCAAAACUCUUGGAGUGACAUUAUUUUAAGUCUUGCAUCCAUUUUGGUGCUGGAUGCCACACCAUUUUCUACAUCUUGUUACCUGAUGUUCAUCUUUUACUUGCAUAAUAAUGUGAUUAUGUUUACUCUUAUUUAUACAACCACAAUGUAAAUCAUUUUGGCAUCUCAUCUCAACUACUUUUAACAGGCUCUAGUGGAACACAUCUGACAUUGAUGUGCAAACCAGAGAGGGAAAUGUUUCAGUAUUUGUACUUCCAUGUUUCCAUGAUACUGCUCUUAAAAUAAGGAGCAACUGAAACCUUAAAAAUGACAUCCUAUACUGAUAUGUGCUGGGACAACAUCCUCUUAAAGAGGGAUACCCAAGCGAUAUAUUAUCAUAAACAUGCAUCUAGCAAAGAUAGAGCCUAACCUUUAUUGAGAGUCUGUUGUGUAACCAUAUCUGUUUCUUACCACACCACAGAUGUGGUUUAUUCCUACUGCACCAUGAUAGGCCCAUCACCUUUCCUGGAUCUAGUCCAGUUAACUGACUGCCACCAGAUGCAGGCAAACAUAAUAUAAUGGGUGUAAUGAUUGAUCCAAGCAUCAUUAUCGUCAUCAUCAUCAUCAUCAUUCUCUCUCUCUCUCUCUCUCUCUCUCUCUCUCUCUCUCUCUCUCUCUCUCUCUCUCUCUCUCUCUCUCUCUCUCUCUCUCUCUCUCUCU